AUGCUCGCGAUCCCUAGCUCCCACCAUCUCUAUCUCCCCCUCGCAUUCACGCUCUCCCUCGGUCCCAUUCUCUCUCCGUCGCAUUCGCGCUCCCCCGUUGUCCCGUUCUCCCUCUCCCUCGCAUUCACUAUCUAUGUCUAUGUUGCGCUCUCUAUCGUUCGCAUUCGAUCUAUCCGUCUCUCUUGCUCUCUUCCUCUUUCGCAAUCUCCCUCUCCGGCACACCCGUGCUCUCUCUCGGCGCAUUCGCUCUCUCUGUCUCUACCGUGUGCUCCCCCGUUCGCAAUUGCCACCUCAGACUCUCCCGUGUACUCCCCCGGUCGCAUGCGCGCGCUUCUCGCUCCCGUGCUCUCUCCUUUUCGCGUUCGCUCUCUCCGUGUAGGCCCCUGUUCUCUCACAGUCGCAUUUGCGCGUACCGUCUCUCCCGUGAUCCCUCCCUUUUGCAUUUACUCUCUCCGUCGCUGCCGUGCUCUUUCUCGCUCGCUUACGGUGCUCUCGCUCGGUCGUAUUUGCCAUCUCAGUCGCUACCGUGCUCACCCCCGGUCGCAUGCGCGCGCUUCGUCGCUGCCGUGGUCUCUCCCCUCCACGUUUGCUCUCUCCGUGUUUCCCGUGCUCUCUCUCGGUCGCAUUAGCACGCUCUGUCCAUCCCGUGCUCUCUCUCUUACGCAUUUGCGCGCUCCGUCCCUCCCGUCUGCACUCCGUUUUGCAUUCUUACGAUCUGUUAACCUCUUUCGCUAUCCGUUUCGUAUAUCCGCGCUCCGUCCCUCCCGUCCGCAUACACCAGUCCCCUUCACGCACUACGCCCGUCCCGUCCGCUCUAUCACGGUCGCAUUCUCUCUCUCUGUCGCUCUCGUGCGUUCCCACAGUCGCAUUCACAUGCUCCGUCGCAUUCACGCGCUCCGUCCCUCCCUUGCACUCCCACCGUUGCAUUCACGCACUCCGACUCUCCCGUGCGUUCCCACCGUCGCAUUCACGCGCUCCGUCCCUCCGUUGCUCUCCCACCGUCGCAUUUUCGCGCUCUGUCCCUCCCAUGCAUUCCCACCGUCGCAUUCACGCGCUCCGUCCCUCCGUUGCCCUCCCACCGUCACGUUUUCGCGCUCUGUCCCUCCCGUGCGUUCCCACCGUCGCAUUCACGCGCUCCGUCCCUCCGUUGCUCUCCCACCGUCGCAUUUUCGCGCUCUGUCCCUCCCGUGCGUUUCCACGGCCGCAUUCACGCGCUCCGUCCCUCCCUCCGUUUCUCUCACAGUCGCAUUCACGCACUCCGUCCCUCCCUUGCGUUCCCACGGUCGCAUUCUCUCUCUCCGUCCCUCCCGUGCGUCCCACGGUCGCAUUCACGCGCUCCGUCCCUCCCGUGCGUUCCCACAGUCGCAUUCUCUCUCUCCGUCCCUCCCUUGUGCUCCCACGGUCGCAUUCUCUCUCUCCGUCCCUCCCGUGCGUUCCCACGGUCGCAUUCUCUCUCUCCGUCCCUCCCUUGCUUUCCCACCGUCGCAUUCUCUCUCUCCGUCCCUCCCUUGCUCUCCUACCGUCGCAUUCUCUCUCUCCGUCCCUCCCUUGCUCUCCUACCGUCGCAUUCUCUCUCUCCGUCCCUCCCUUGCUUUCCCACCGUUGCAUUCUCUCUCUCCGUCCCUCCCUUGCUCUCCUACCGUCGCAUUCUCUCUCUCCCCUCUCCUACACUCUGCCCCACUCGCUCACCCUUCCCCUCCCUGUUAA